GCUUAUCUACGAAUUAGACCUAUAAGUUCGGACGAUAUAAUAAAACCAUACAUUCAAAUUGUAAACGAUACGGAGGUUGUAAUGAUUCCUCCAAAGGACUCUCACGCCUUUAAAACAUGCAACAAGGGACCGGAAAAAUACAUGUUUACAAAAGUUUUUGAUGAAAGGACGUCACAGAAACGUUUUUUUUUGGAAACGACGCUCCCGUUGGUAAAAGGUGUAUUGAAUGGAAUCAAUGGAUUAGUAUUCGCUUAUGGUGUAACAAAUAGCGGCAAAACAUAUUCAAUUCAAGGUACUCGCAACGAAGAAGGCAUAUUACCUCGAACAUUAGAUACAAUUUUUAAUAGUAUCAAAAAUUUAGAAAGUGAGGCGCAGCUCAAACCAGUUAGAUACAAUGAAGUAGAAAGUUACAACGGAAACGAAUCCAGUGUUCCUCCAAUUAUUAUAUCAAAGUCGCAUAUGGAGAAUCCAUUUAUUUUAUCGGAUUCAGACUCAUCACAAAAUAAGAAUAAAGGUGCCGAUAUAGAAUACGCGAAUGCUUUUGAUUUAACGCACAAGCUUGACAACAUAGAUGUUGAUAAACAAUUUAGGUAUGCAGUAUGGGUUUCGUACGUAGAGAUUUAUAACGAAAAAAUAUAUGAUCUUCUGGAAGACCCUGGAAGCGCUAAACAGUCAGACGGCAAACGAAAGGCAUUGAUGGUAAAAAAUGAUAAGCGGACGGGAAAUAAGUAUCUUAGCGACAUUAAAGAAGUUCGAAUACGUAAUGUAGAAGAUGGAUAUGCUGUACUUCAGCAAGGCAUGAAAAAUCGACAAAUAUUUUCAACCCUGGCUAAUGAAACUUCCAGUAGAAGCCACUGCAUAUUCAUGAUAAAGAUAAUUAAGAUACCACAUGAUAAAGAUACUACUGCCACAGAGUUGUCGUCGUCCCUUGUCGUAACGAGUCGGUUAUCGAUAGUUGACCUUGCGGGUUCAGAACGGACAAAAAAUGCGCAAACAACAGGUACAAGACUGAAAGAGGCUGGAAACAUAAAUCGAUCGUUAAUGGUUUUAGGACAGUGUCUUGAAAUACUAAGAGCGAAUCAGGCGCGACCAAAGGGUCAAAAGCAUAUUUUGGUCCCUUACCGUCAUAGUAAAUUGACGGAAUUAUUUCAGAGUUCAUUUGCUGAUGGUGAAUCUGUUAUGAUUGUUAAUAUUAAUCCAGUCGAUACAGGCUUUGAUGAGAAUAUGCAAGUUAUGAAAUUUUCCGCAGUGGCAAAAGAUGUUUGUACCUCAUUGAAGAAUAUUUCAAGUCAUUAUGGAUAUAGAGGCACAUUGCUUUUUACACCAGAUAAGAAAUUUGGAAAAGAAAAUAAAACAUGUGAUAGCAGCGAUUCAAAGUCAGAAGAUAAUUAUGAUCUAUUAAUCAACAUGCUUUUUGCACAAAUAGAAGACCUUCGUGAAAAAUGGAUUAGUGCCGAGACGCGCUGUGGUAAUCUAAAGCUCGAAAUUCGGGAACAAGUCUCAGAUGAGCUAGCUGUUCAUAUGUCAAAUAUGGGAAAGAAAUACAUGGAUCAGGCAAAUAUUCAACAAAUUUUAACGGAGUCUCUAGAAAGGCAAAUGGAAAUUAUUCGUCGGGAUACACAUUCUACUGUACAAAGCGGAGCCAUUUAUUACCAGUUCUCUAGUAAUCUAGUUGAUAAGUUGCAAACUGAGAUACAAGAAUUAGAAAAUGAAGUCGAAAAGUUGGAGAAUAAAUUAGGCAUUUGUGUUUCUUUGCUUAAUGAUAAGGACAAGCUUAUUGAAAAACUUCAAUUUGAAAAUAAAGAAUUAGAAAGACAGAUUCUUUAUGCUUCCCAAAAAUUGGAUUAUGUUGAUAUUGAAGCUGAAGAAUCCAAUUCAACUGAGCAAGAACCGAAUGCAGUGAAAAUUAAUCAAAUUUCCGAAGAAACUAAUUUAAAAGAAGUUGAAAAUUACUUUUUCACAAAUCAAGGGU